ACGCAAUUGAGGUGGACGGCCGCCCACCAAUCGCGCUGCUUUGCAUGCAGAGUCAAUUAUGUGUAUUAUAUAAGAUAUCACAGGUGCAUCAAUCCUCCGCCCCCAUCCUGCAGCUGCCUCAGGCAGAAACUCGACCGGCUGCGUGCCCCCGCUCACUCUCGGCUAUCCGCGGGCUUGUUUGAUCUCCAAGAAACACUCCUGUCAGUCAAAACACCUCGCGCCGGGGUAGCAUGUAGAAUUUGUUCUUCUUCCCUCAAUGCUCCCUCCGACUGCAGUGUGAAAUCCCCGAAUCAACGGCCAUGAGCCUCUUUCAUACUGCUGGCCGGCGUCUCGCACGCUCGUCGCUGAAUGGCCUCCGAUCAUACUCGUCCGCCGCUCCCUCGCCAGCUGCUCGAUUGAACCUGCCGAUUGACUACAAGACAAGCCCGCUCCUGCAUCAUGCCUCUGCGUCGCUGGCUAGUUCGAAGGAACUGCCGCAGUCGGCAACAACUAAGCGCCAGAACUUGUACCAGGCCAUCAACUCGGCCUUACGGACAGCCAUGUCCGCAUCCGACCAGGUGAUCCUGUUCGGAGAGGAUGUCGCUUUUGGCGGCGUCUUCCGUUGCUCGAUGGACUUGCAGAUGGAAUUUGGGUCCGAGAGAGUCUUCAAUACACCCUUGACAGAGCAAGGAAUUGUUGGUUUUGCCAUUGGAGCGGCCGCACAGGGCAUGAAACCGGUAGCUGAAAUUCAGUUCGCCGACUACGUCUACCCUGCCUUUGAUCAGAUAGUCAACGAGGCAGCCAAAUUUAGAUAUCGCGAGGGCUCUACAGGGGCCCAUGCGGGAGGAUUAGUGAUAAGAAUGCCAUGUGGCGCCGUAGGACAUGGUGCACUUUACCAUACCCAAUCUCCCGAAUCGUUGUUCGCUCAUAUCCCCGGUGUCCAGGUGGUGAUGCCACGUUCCCCAACACAAGCAAAGGGGCUAUUAUUGUCGUCAAUUCUUGAAUGCAACGAUCCCGUGAUCUUCAUGGAGCCGAAGAUACUGUAUCGAGCCGCUGUCGAGCAUGUUCCCGUUGAUUCCUACACCAUUCCUCUGGGAAAAGCAGAAAUCGUGAAGCCAGGGUCAGAUCUGACGAUUAUAUCAUAUGGUCAACCGCUUUACUUGUGCUCGCAAGCAAUUGCUGCCGCUGAGAAGGCAAGGAAGGGGCUGAAUAUUGAGCUCAUUGAUUUACGCACAAUAUAUCCAUGGGAUCGGCAGACUGUGUUGGAAAGCGUUCGAAGGACAGGAAGGGCAAUUGUGGUUCAUGAAAGCAUGAUCAACUAUGGUGUUGGCGCAGAAGUCUCGGCUACUAUCCAGGAGGGUGCCUUUUUACGCCUAGAAGCUCCCGUGAAGCGAGUUGCCGGCUGGACCACUCACACUGGACUGAGCUAUGAGAGUUUCAUCAUGCCAGAUGUUGCAAGAAUUUACGACGCAAUCUUACAGACUGUUGAUUAUUAGCGCUCUUUUAUGACAAUAGUAGAUAUGCAUUUGUGAUGGGGUAUUCGAAUGGGUUAUAUUGUUCAGGCCUCGUUAUACCAGAGAUCAAUUAGUAGACAUCAAUAAACCUUUUCAAACUGUUUAG